AUGGACCUCUUUAAGGUUGAUAACAUCCUCUUCUUGAUCAAGAAAGGCAGAGACUCUCUCAAAGAGCUCAAACGAGCCCGCUUGGAUAGACCAGCAUUCGAUGUGAACCGAGAACGCCUGCAGGACAUAGCCGUGGACGUUCGCAUCCGCAUAAUCGCGUUGAAGCAACUUCCCUAUGCCAAUCCCAUUCUGGACGGCUUCCCGACGCAGGUAGUUCCUACGAAGCAUUCAGCUAUCGUUGCACAAAAAGCAAGCCAGACCGAUGUCCUUGGGGCCCUUUGUCAAUAUACGAGUGGCUUCCCUACUCUCUAUAUAUAG